UUGCAUUGUAUAUACAGCAUAGGAGAACACAACACACACACACAAAAAAAAAAGAAACAGAGGUCGCCACUCCACUCAAAGUGCCGGCCGGCUUGCUCUCUGUUGAGCAUACACCAUCAGCAUCAGACCAAAGUUCAUGAAUCCUUUUGCUUUUCCUUUGCUGCUGCAACUACCACCACCAACCUAGGAGGGGGAACUCAAUUCACGCUUCUGUCACGCACACACAGUGGAAUAUAGUUGCAGAAGCACCAGUCAGCGGAGAGACCCUUUUGCUUUGCUACCAAGCUUUACGUGUUUGUAGGCUGGGAGGAGGAGAAGACAGCAGUCGAGUCGAGUCGCCAUCCAGAGGAGACGAGUCCAUGCAUGGCUCCAAUGCUCCAUGCACUUUUGUGUUCCCUGUGCCAUGCGAGAGAGAGGGAGCAAGCAUCAUCGUCUCUGUCUCGUCGUGUCCUGCUACCCACUGAUACAGGUGCCCCUGCAACAAAGGCAGGCGCGCUUCUCUCUGCUCUCUGCAUCGCCUUCCUUCCUUCUCCGGCCCAGGCCAGAGCCAAGCCAAUGGCCACAAACUGCUACGGCGCCAGGCGGCUCUCGGACCUGCUCCAGGAGCAGCAAGAGCCGUUCCUCCUCAAGACGCCGCAGCGCCGCUCGCCCGUCCAGGCCUGCGGGCGCCGCCUGCGCGAGCUGUGCGCCGUCAGGAAGCGGCCAAGCGUCAGCGACGGCGGCGGCGGUGGCUACAAGACCGCGAGGAAGGCUCUGCUGCAGUGGGCGGACCUCGCCGGCUGUUUCAGGUGCGGCGCGCGCCAGAGGUUCCGCCGCCUGCCGCGCGCCGGAGACAUUGCCGACCGCUGCGACGUCGUUAGUGAGCCUGGGCUCGACGGCGGCGAUGACGCCCUGGAGGACUGCGGGAGGCAGCUCAGCCCGGUCUCCGUGCUGGACCUGCACUCCGACGACGAGGAGUCGCCCGUGCUUAGCCAUUGGGAUGAUGACAGCGACGACAAUGCGUCGACCUCAGCGAGCUCGCCGCCAUCCGACCACGACCUUCCCGGCGCCGCCACCCCGCCGUGCUCCACCUUCUUCGCCACCAGCAACGGCAAGAUUCGCGCACUGGAGGUGGAAGUGGAGGGCAACAGCAAGAAGAGGUUGCAGAGGAAGAGCGGCGAGCCCUCCUUGGAGGAGAUGGAGCGGGCCACCGUCUCCGGCUGGGAGAGGAUCGCGGCCGACAUCUCCCGGAUCCCGACUCUGGUGGCGCUCGACCUGUCCGCGUCAGCGCGGGAAUGUAGACGACACGUCGCCGGCGACGAGGAGGCCCGGCAGGUGGGGCAGAGCAUCGAGGCCAUGAUCUUCGAGGAGGUCAGGUGGGAGGCCGUGCGUGACAUGUUGAUCUGAGCUGUGGCAUGGUUUCCUGCUGUUGUCCCGUGAUGACUCAUCUUCUCUUGUCUGUAGUAGAGGGAAAAGGUAACAUCGUAGCAAGGUUUAGCUGAUCACGGGAAUUUGCAGCUAGCCUUCUCACUUACACUUGGAAUUCGGGCUCAUCUGUCCCUGGGGACAGAGGAGGUCGUCGGCAAGGUGUUCCGGCGCGGCCGCCGAGCGUGCCAAGCUCGAGGAGGAGGUGGCGGGCGACAGCGUCGCACGUAAUAAGCGCCACCGCAAGCACAAGGGACCCAAGAAGGAGGGGUGGACGAAGAAGCCCAAGGGCGACGAGACGUUGAAGACCAAGGGCGACGAGGCGAUGGAGAUGCUGGUGGUGGACGCCGGAUGGGAAGAGAAAGGCGGGAAAAGGAGGAAGACAAAGCAGGGUAGGGUACGCUGAGCUCCAAUUGGAUGACGAGGAGGAUCGAGCUCACAUAUAUACGAGCUCGAUGGGGAGGCGUAGAAUCUAUGUUGAUUUGCAAGAACAAUUCAUGAGUGCCCUGUGUCAGCUGCCUAAGUUGUAGCUAGUACGUAUAUAUCUUUGUCUGAACAUGAAGCUAUCCUAAGUUGUAGACAUACAUGUACGAGGAUUCUAUCUGGACCAUGAGUCCUAUGCUUGUAAUACUCCUAUACGGAGAUUUCUUGUAACUCAUCUAGGAUAGGAUCUCUUCCGUCCUGUAUAAUGAACAUGACAGGCACCACAUUCAGUGCUUGAUGGGCACUUGAGGAAGAUUGGGAUGUUCUUUUUGUAA